GGGCGCUUGAGCAGGCUACAAAGAAAAUGGCGGUCUAAAAUCGAAACGAUUUGCCCUUUCGAUUUUCGCAUCACGCUGGUUAGUUUUAGCUCAGAGGUUUUAGCUGUACAAAGGAAUAUUUUUUACAUUUAUGUUUUCAAAAAAAGUAGAGCUAAUAAAUAAAUAUGGAUGAAGACGUUUUUGAUGAAUCUAAGUUAUUCUCUGAGUUUGAUUCAGUUGAAAAUGGCGAUGAAAAUGCAGCAUUGUACGUUCGAGCGAAAAGUAAAAGCGCUAAUCUGAGUGAACUCGAUUCAUUGAAGCAGGAAAAUAUGUUAUUGAAGAAACUAAUACGAAAGAUUGGUUUUAAUCCAAGCGAAGAUGAACCUUUCGCCAAUAUUCUGUUCUAUGACAGCGCUUGCACGAAACAAGGCGACCUUGAAGACUUUGUUUGUCAUGUUGCAAGAAACUCCGUUCAAAAUAAUGCAAGCAAGGCCUUUAACGCCGAAUCAAGUCAGUCGUCGAAGAGAACUAUACUGAGUGAUGGAUUUGCAGCAGCUCUUGGACGGAUCUCAGACUAUCGAAAGUUAGACUACGAGGAGUUACAAUAUGAUAUGUCAUAUUUACCAAUUGGGUCUGUGCAAUAUUUUGCCUCAUUCUGCCUAGAUAGAUUUGGCUCAGAUAUGGAGAAAAUAUUUCCAAACCCACCAAGUUAUGAUCGAGCUUAUUUUAAAACAUUGCCAGAGGAGACAGGGGCUAAAGUAUUGCAAAGACGCAAGAAGUCGUGUUUCAAUUGUGACGGCGAUCACAGAUUGAACGAAUGUCCUAAACGACGCGACCUUGCAAGAAUUAGCUUGAAACGAAGAGAGUUUUUGGGAACUAAAACUUUUACUAGUGAGUCUCGUUAUCAUGAAAUGAAACGUGAGCAGUAUCAACAUUUGAAGCCUGGGGUGAUUAGCAAUACAUUACAAGAGGCUUUGAAUAUGGUUGACCAUGAUCUGCCGCCAUUUAUUUACCGCAUGAGAAUGCUUGGUUAUCCUCCUGGCUGGUUGCCUGGCAACCAUGAUUCUGGUAUUGUGAUGUAUGGAAAAGAAGGGAAAGAAGAACAGAGUAAUGAGAGUAGUCAUGUUGAUUCUGACAAGUAUGUUCAAUAUCCUGGCUUUAAUGUUCCUGUACCAGAAGGUGAGAUGGUUGCUGUCACUUCUACAAACAAACAUUCAAACAUGUUCAGCUACAUUUCUCAAUUUAUUUGCUUCAUAUACACACUUAAAAAUGCACAAGUUAUAAACAAACCUGCAGCAGACUUAGCUUGUCACCCACAACUUGUUGACAAAUUGUUGAAUUGCAGGAUAAUAACAAGUUGUUGGAACAACUUGUAACACAUCUGUUGAGUUCAACAACCUUGCAGCAAGUUAUCAACAAGCUGAGAGCAAGCAGUGCGAACACAUCCUGUUGACAAGUUGUUGGAACAGCAUUGCUACAACUUGUUGAGAAUCCUGUUGCGAACACAUCUUGUUGACAGGUUGUGAGUGUACAAGAUUACAUAUAAAUUUUCUCACUCUGAUAAUCCCUUGUUGACCAUCUGCUGCACAACAGUGAUUUGUGAAAACCACAUAUUCAUACGGUGAUGCUUUCACCAUCAAAAAUUAAAGCAGUUUUAAAUGUAAAAAUGACAAAUAAACAACUUUGGUUGUUGGUUCUUGUCAGCCUGAAAAACAGGCACAAGUAAACAGGAGACAACACCCAAGGUUGCUCAGAUUUCCAAUAAACAUCCAUACCUUCCUCACAGAGGAAAUUUGAGGUUAACCCCCUACCCUCUUUGGACAUCCUAAUGCAGACAGCAGAAAUUUCUGUGGGGGGAAUGAGGAUCAUUUCUGGAACGAACCCAUUACUCCUUCCUGCUGAUACUGAACAUUCAUAUUUUAACAUUUUUUCAGCUUGCAAAGACCUAGCUCGUGAGGUUCGUUUACCAGUCAUGCAGCAUCAAUACCAAUUGGACAUCAAACCAGAAGAUGAUUUGUCAGAAAAUGAGAACAAGAAACGAAAACUUCCCUCCAACGACUUGCCUUACCACGAGAGCAAGAGGAUGAGACAUUCCUCGGAGAAUGACAUGGAAGUUGAAGAUGAUGAACCACCAGGCUCUUCUGGGGUUAUUGAAAUUGAUGGUAGAGGUGACCAACCAUCAUCAUCCCAGAUGACGUUGCAGAGCACAGAACUUGAAGAUGGUGAGAUAGCUGACAGUCCUGAACUUUCUGAUGUGGUUCACCAACCAUCUUGGUGGUUGAAACAACCGUUAGUUGCACGUUUCAAGAAGGAAACACAAGAGUUCAUGCCUCCACCAUUUCCUCUCACACCCCUGCCCUUGCAUAAGAUAUCCCAGAUCCUCCCUGGGGAGUUGAAUCACAUCUCAUCUGAGGACAGAAGUCGUUGGUUGGACCCCAUAUUUGGCAACCUGCAAGUACGUACAGGUCGUUUUGAGAAACUGAAGACAAUAUUAGCUGCUCGUGAAAACAAGAGAAAGUAAGAGGCAGACUUUCCCAUGGUGCAUACUUUAAUGUGUAUGUUAAUUUUAGCAACAAGAGAAGAUCUCUCCUGUCAUGCGCACCAUCACUCACACUGACACAAUAAUCUCUGUUUCAAUCCUCCUGGCGUCUGUGUUGAGUUAAUCAUUUUAUGUCUUAAUAGAAAUCUUAGAACAUAUAGAUGUUCAUCUUGAACAACUUAAUCAUUUUACACCAGAGUAUUCAAAUUUUAUUGUAACUUAUUUUUUUAACAAUUGUUCCUGAUUAAAACUAUUUCAACGUUACAGUACUGUUUUGAAAUUGUAGAGUUCAUAAGCUGAAUCAAACUGCAAGAUUACCCAUGAAAUAAAUAAAGACCAAUUACUAUAUUACAUUAUUUACAAUUAUUAAAUACUGAUAAUUUCAGAUAAUAUAUGUU